GCAUGCGCAGUGCACAGGGUUUUGAGAAACCGGCUGCUGCGCUGACAGGGCCGCUGCUGUCCCUGGCCUAGCGUGAGGGGCUUGAAUUCGGACCUGUAAAUUCCGCGUUUCGCGUGUAGGCCCUUUUUCCGGUGCUGCAGCCGCUGCCGCCAUGUUCCUCACUCGUUCCGAGUACGACAGGGGUGUGAACACUUUUUCUCCAGAGGGAAGACUAUUCCAGGUGGAAUAUGCUAUUGAAGCUAUAAAGCUUGGUUCCACAGCAAUUGGGAUUCAGACAUCAGAAGGGGUUUGCCUGGCUGUGGAGAAGAGAAUCACCUCACCACUUAUGGAGCCCAGCAGUAUUGAGAAAAUUGUAGAAAUUGAUUCUCACAUAGGUUGUGCAAUGAGUGGCUUAAUAGCUGAUGCAAAGACAUUAAUUGACAAAGCAAGAGUUGAGACACAGAAUCACUGGUUUACGUACAAUGAAACCAUGACUGUAGAAAGUGUGACACAGGCAGUGUCCAAUUUAGCAUUACAGUUUGGAGAAGAGGAUGCUGAUCCAGGUGCUAUGUCAAGGCCAUUUGGUGUGGCACUACUCUUUGGAGGAGUUGAUGAAAAGGGACCUCAGCUGUUUCAUAUGGACCCUUCUGGGACAUUUGUACAAUGUGAUGCAAGAGCAAUUGGAUCAGCUUCAGAAGGUGCACAAAGCUCUUUGCAAGAGGUUUAUCACAAGUCAAUGACACUGAAAGAAGCAAUCAAGUCAUCCCUUAUCAUUCUAAAGCAAGUUAUGGAAGAAAAACUGAAUGCAACUAACAUUGAGCUUGCAACAGUGCAACCUGGAAUGAAGUUUCACAUGUAUACAAAAGAAGAGCUUGAAGAUGUCAUCAAAGAUAUUUGAUGAGAGGUAGAACCUCUCCCAACUGCCUCAUUCCCUGAUCACAGCAAACUGAAUCUUCAGUUUUUCCAGUGCCCGUAACUUUAUUUCAGCAGCAUGUAAGCCUGCUCUUAAACAAGGCUCAAAGAUUUUUUUACAGUUUCUGUACAUAAAAAAGAUCUUCAAUAAGAGGGAACUAGAAUAAAUCAUUUUGUUACUCUUACAUUGCUUCUUGUAUAAUAAAGUUUGGGGGUGGAGGAGUGGGUUAAAAUUAGCACUGAAUGAAAUAUGCAUAUUUUUAAAGUGUUUUCUUUCCACCCAUGAAACUAGACAUCUUUUUAAACUGUUGCUGGGGGCAGGGGUAGCAAAAGAAAUUGAAAUAGAAUUCCCAGCUCCCUCAGUAUACUCAUUUUCAGUGCUCUCUUUCCUGGUAACCUUAAAUUGCAAUGGUGCUUCUGAGUGAGCCUCUUAGCAACUCUAAUUCACUGCAGCUUCCUGUCUUUUUUUAAAAAAACAACCAAACCAAACAUCCAAAUCAUCUUUCAUCCUAGCAAUGCUGACAACAACACUGUUUCUAGGAAGGCUGAUCUGAAACACAGUCAGUGGCACUGUACCAACAGCUGAUCAGAGCAAUUAAUAAUUAUGAAAAAUGUAUGCUUUAGGGGAACAUUUUAGGUUCCCUGUCUUUUUCACGCUUGAAAGAUUGCACCUACAAUUUCAGUAUAACAUAAUUAAAAUUAUAUUUUAAUUUUGGGUGUUCAGUACUGUUAAAAUUGUACAUUCUCUCAUAUGGCACAAGUGCUGGUGUCUGGUAUCUAAUGUUAUUACUGAACUGAACUCUCUUCUGGACAGCUUUGUUAGUAAUCUAUCUUCCAGACAUGUUGCAUCCUUCAAAAGCCAUUUCUAGAACUCCCCUUUCUAGCCAUGCAAGUGGCACAGCACCCUCAUGUGGAACGUACAAUCUCAACAAGACAAAAUGUUUCACUAGUGAAUUGAUCUAAUUAUGCAUCUUGCUAAUGUAUCAUGAAUGCUUAAAAAACCUUUUGUAAGCAAAACUAUCAUAGAUCUGAAACUUUUAUAUACUUGUGUAUUCCUAUGGAAAAGGAUAUGCAUCUGUCCUAUAUAGGAACUCAAUUCCUAGCUAAGGAAUGUCUGAUUUUGAUGUUCAUAUUUUAAAUUUUCAUUUUGUAAACCA